AUGCUCAAAUAUUGCAACUUCAUUUGCCAAGCAUUCAUCAUUAACAUCCUCUCCACCUUCCUCAUAGGGAUGAAAGGUGGAAAGGGGAUAAAAGGGGGAAAGGGGAUGAAAGGAGAAAAGGGAAAGAAUGGGCAAAAAGGAGAGAAAGGAGUAAAAGGGCAGAAGGGUAUAAAAGGCGAAAAGGGGAUCAAGGCAGAGAAAGGGCAAAAAGGCGGAAAAGGGGAGAAAGGAAUGAAGAGUGAAAAAGGACUGAAGGGAGAGAAGGGGCAGAAGGGCAUGAAAGCAGAGAAAGGCACCAAAGGGUGGAAAGGUGAGAAAGGCGUGAAAGGACAAGCAGGUCAAAAGGGAGAGAAAGGUCGCAAAGGAGGGAAAGGAGAAAAGGGACUGAAGGGAGAAAAGGGACUAAAAGGAUUGGAAGGAAAAAAGGGUACGAAAGGGGAGAAGGGAUUUAAGGGACAAAAGGGAAGAGAAGGGGAAAAGGGCCAGAAGGGUCUAAAAGGUACUACGGGAGUGAAAGGAGAAAAGGGUAUGAAGGGAGAAAAAGGAGAGAAAGGACUGAAAGCCCAGAAAGGUGUGAAAGGUGAAAAGGGACUGAAGGGACAAAAAGGGGGGAAAGGUGUGAAGGGUGAGAAGGGGCAGAAGGGAGUCAAAAGUGAAAAGGGACAGAAGGGAAGGAAAGGAGAAAAAGGAAUGAAAGGGGUUAAGGGCCUCAAAGGAUAUAAGGGGCAGAAAGGAGUAAAAGGUGUUAAAGGAGAAAAAGGAAUGAAGGGAGGAAAAGGUGAAAAAGGCGUUAAGGGAUACAAGGGAACAAAAGGGCAGAAGGGCCAGAAAGGUGAAAAAGGCUGGAAGGGCCAGAAGGGCCUCAAAGGACUGAAAGGCGAGAAAGGGCUGAAGGGCGAAAAGGGACACAAAGGAUGGAAGGGCGAGAAGGGAUUGAAGGGUGAAAAAGGAUUAAAGGGACAGAAGGGAAUAGAAGGAGAAAAGGGCCUGAAAGGCCAGAAAGGGAUGAAGGGUUUGAAAGGAGACAAGGGGCAGAAAGGUUUCAAAGGAGAAAAAGGCGAUAAAGGUGAAAAGGGGCGGAAAGGCAUGAAAGGUGGAAAGGGUACCAAAGGGAUGAAGGGACGAAAGGGCGAGAAGGGAUCAAAGGGCGAAAAGGGAUUGAAGGGAGUAAAAGGUGUGAAAGGCGCUGGAGGAGAGAAAGGCCAGAAGGGUCAGAAAGGGUGGAAGGGAGAGAAAGGGUGGAAGGGCGAGAAAGGGUGGAAGGGCGAGAAAGGGUGGAAGGGCGAGAAAGGGUGGAAGGGAGAGAAAGGCUGGAAGGGAGAAAAGGGCCUGAAAGGGCCUAAAGGAGAUAAAGGCCUGAAAGGCGAAAAGGGACAGAAAGGAUGGAAAGGAGGAAAAGGCGAAAAGGGAUUAAAGGGGCUAAAAGGAGCAAAUGGGGAAAAAGGCACAAAGGGCCGAAAAGGAGUGAAAGGUACCAAGGGGUUGAAAGGAGAAAAAGGUAGGAAAGGAGAAAUGGCUCUAAAGGGACAAAAGGGACUCAAGGGUCGGAAAGGUGAGGCCGGUGUGAAGGGACAGAAGGGCCAUAAGGGCGGGAAAGGUUGGAAGGGACCAAAAGGCAUGAGGGGCGAAAAGGGGAUGAUGGGUGUGAAAGGGCUCUUCCGCCUGGAGCCUCUCGGACCCAGGGGAAUCACAGUGGAGGAGGCAGCCUUGGCGUGCUACGAUGCUCUGUACAGGGGGACGCUGGCCACUUUCACGACCUUCACGGAUUACAACGGGCUGAGGGGAGCGGCUGCCGGAGGAGGGCAGUUGGUGCUCAUCGGGGGGUUCUUCUCCCCACUCGGGGAUUACAAGGCCCAGACUCAGGCAAGCCUGGUAUCUGGCUGGAGCUCAACCGCACACAUCCCAACGACUGCCUGGACCUUGCCCUCCCAGCCCGACUCCUUCUCCCGGCCGUCCCCACAAGAAUGCCUGGGGCUCUAUUUGGUCUUGGGGGUAUACCACCUCGUGGACUACCCCUGCGGAAGCAUCCUGCCCGACGAGGUACCGACGGCUUACCUCUGCAUCGAGUCCGCUCCGGGAAGCUGCCCCGCCCCGCCGGUGUACCCUGGGAACUCGGUCGCAAUGACGUUCCCGGGAGGAAACGACACCGCCCCGUUUUCAUUCAACACGGAGGUGGUCUACUCGUGUCCGCUUGGGACGGUGUGGCGGGACACCAGGGCGAAGACAAGGUCCUCCUUCUGCAGGGGAAGCGUGAGCUGGACUCUCACCCCAACUGACCUCGCUGGGUUCUCCUGCGUCGCCAGACCAAAGGGUGAGGAGCGCAUUGCUGGACCCCAGGGAUCGAAGGGGGAGAUCGGACCGAAGGGGUUGCAAGGCAUGAGUGCACUUCAGGGAAUACAGGGCACGACAGGAACCUUGGGACAGCAUAACAAAACUGGCCUUCAGGGAAUACAGGGCACGACUGGACCCCAGGAACAACAAGGCAUGAUUGGACUUAACGGGAUACAAAGUGUGACUGAACCCCUGGGAUCACAAGGCAUAACUGGCUUUCAGGAAAUUCAGGAUGUGACUGGACCCCAGGAACAAGGCAUGAGUGGACUUCAGGAAAUACCGAGUGUCACUGAACCCCAGGGAUCGCAAGGCAUUCCUGGCCUUCGUGGAAUACAGGGUGUGAUUGGAUCCCAGGGAUCGCAAGGCAUAACUUACCUUCAGGGAAUACCCACAACUGGAACCCAGGAACCACAAGGUAUGACUGGACUUCAGGGGAUACAAAGUGUGACUGAAGCCCAGAGAUCGCAAGGCAUGGCUGGCCUUCAGGGAAUACAAGGUGUAACUGGACCCCAGGGAUCGCAAGGCAUAACUGGCCAUCAAAGAAUACAGGGCACGACUGGAACCAUGGGGCAACAAGGCUUUACAGGCCUUCAGGGAAUACAGGGCACACUUGGAACCCAGGAACCACAAGGUAUGACUGGACUUCAGGGAAUACAAGGUGUAACUGGACCCCAGGGAUUGCAAGGCAUAACUGGCCAUCAAGGAAUACAGGGCACGACUGGAACCCUGGGGCAACAAGGCUUAACAGGCCUUCAAGGAAUACAGGGCACGACAGGACCCCAGGAACAACAAGGCAUGACUGGACUUCAGGGAUCACAAGGUGUGACUGGACCCCAAGGCCCACUAGGCAUGAUUGGCCUUCAGGGAAAACAGAGUGUGACUGGAUCCCAGGGAUCGCAAGGCAUAAGUGGUCUUCGUAGAAUGCAGGGUGUGAUUGGACCCCAGAGAUCGCAAGGCAUGACUGGCCAUCAGGGAAUACAGGGCACGACUGGAACCCUGGGACAACAAGUCAUGACUGGAUUUCAUGUAUCACAGGGGCCCCAGGGAUCGUAUGGCGUUGCUGGACCCGUGGGAAUUCAAGGCAUGGUUGGAUCGAAAGGUAUGCGAGACGACACUGGGGAACCUGGGUGA